AUCAAGUUGAGUUGGUCUGUAAAUCCAGUCUUCUGCUGCCGUUAGAAAACCUGUAGAUGUUAGUUUUUUCCCCCUCAUCCAACAUGGCUGCGAUGUUGACAAUGUCAUUGAUGAGUUUGCUGCUCGCCCGCGGAGCGAGUGGUCGCGAUCGACGCAGUCCCUGGGUCGAUGGAGGCAGGGAUACGACCUACUCGCACCUGGGAUUUUAUGUCAGGAAUGUGAUGUGCAACACAGAUGGAACUCAAUGCUCGAACACCUACACAAUAAAUGAUGAGGGGCGAGAGAUUCAACAGAACUUCACCUAUAAGAAGAGUCCGUAUGAGUUGGUGUUUGAAUCUAGUGCGCACUUGGGCCACAUAGUAUUGGACAUGGAGCAAGGGAACCAGGAUCCGUUUCGCAUCUGUUUUGAAUACCAGUCCACCAUUCCCUUGACGAAUGGGGGCGUUCACAUUCACAAGAUGAGACGAUGUGUGGAGAACACCUUUGACGGGGUGGAUGUGCCGCCUGACUGCCUCCUGCCCAUCGCCGCGCAAAACGUGUACGUGAAGGAUGGGGACGAGGAAAUACGGGGAACGGAGGUGCUGUACUGCGCAGGCGUGAAUGAUUAAACCGUGAUUGGUUGAAAGAGAGAGAGAGAGUCAAGCUUCAGCCGCUUGAACGCGUUAUAUAGUUUCAUACUCUGCUUUUUCAUGUGAUCAAGAAUGGAUAGCCCACUGGCCAUUACCCAUCACCGUACAAACAACUGAAGCUAAGCGCUGGUUCCCAAUACCUCUAUUCAAAUGCUGUACGGAAACCAGUACAAAGGCCUAUCACUCCAAUCGAAUAAUACAAUAAACUAGAGAUGUCUUAACCUAAAAGGUGGGGGUUGGGGACCAUC